UAAUAUAAUUUCCCACCCGCGGGAAACCCAACGAAGCAUCAUGCUGUGGGUCGACGCACACCGCCCGACGAGCUUGGACCGGUUGGACUUUCACCCGGACAUCAGCGAGCGGCUAAAGCGUCUGGCUUCGUCUGAGGACCUUCCGCAUCUGCUCAUCUAUGGCCCAUCCGGCGCAGGGAAGAAGACUCGCGUGAUGGCGCUGUUGCGGGAACUCUACGGCCCGAACGCGCUGAAGACGCGCCUCGAGCACAAGACGUUCAAGCACCCGUCCAAGAGCACCAAGGUGGAGAUCACAACAGUUGCAUCCAACUACCAUAUCGAGAUGAACCCGUCGGACGUCGGCAACGACGACAAAUUGGUGGUCCAGGAGCUGAUCAAGGAGAUUGCCAUGUACCGCCUCGCCGACACGAACGCGACCAAGAACUUCAAAGUCGUGGUGCUGGUGGAAGUGGACUCGCUGUCCAAGAACGCCCAGCACGCGCUGCGUCGAACGAUGGAGAAGUACACGGCGUCAUGCCGCCUCAUUCUGUGCUGCAACAGUCCGUCCAAGGUGAUCGAUCCGCUGCGCAGUCGUUGCCUCGGCAUUCGCAUCGGCGCUCCCUCGCACAAUGAAAUCACCCGGGUGCUGGAAAAGGUGUGCGAGAAGGAAUCGUUGACGUUCUGCGCGCCGUUGGCGGCCGAGAUCGCCAUCAAGUCCGAGCGCAACCUCCGCCGCGCGCUGCUCAUGCUGGAAACAUGUCGAGUCCAGCAGUACCCGUUCUCCCCGUCCCAGACGAUCCAGGUGCCCGAGUGGGAAGAGUACAUCUGCGGCCUCGCCAAGGACGUCCUCCAGGAGCAGUCCCCCGGCAGUCUCCUCCGUGCCCGCGACAAGUUCUACGAACUCCUCUCCAACUGCAUCCCGCCCGACGUGAUCCUCCGAGUGCUGUGCCGCGAGCUGACCGCGCGCCUCGACGACGACCUCAAGCACGACCUCGCGCAUCAUGCUGCGUUCUACGAACACCGCAUGCAGUGCGGCCAAAAGCCCAUUUUCCACUUGGAAGCGUUUUUGGCCAAGUUUAUGACCAUGUACAAGAAAUUCCUCCUCGAUUUUUACAUGUAAUCUCUAAAAAAGUCUAAAAACAAUCUAAAAAGUCCAAAAAAGUCUAAAAAAG